AUGGGUGGCCCCGUCGCAUUCGAGCGCCGAUUUGACAUGAGCUUUGUUCCUGGUUUAGCAGAACAAGAUCAGGGGAAUAACGGCAUUGGGAACAUGAUUUAUAAUCCGGGAAAUGAGCCCAGCUUCAUGACACUAUUUCUCUACAACUACAUCAGGCGCAAGCAGUGGAAAAGUGUGAUGCGAAGUACGUUCGUCGUCGACAAAUACUAUCACGUCGGAGCGAGUGGCAUACCCGGGAACGAUGAUGCUGGAGGCAUGAGCAGCUGGCUGGUGUGGAACAUGCUUGGCUUCUACCCAGUCGUCACUCAGCCGGCUGACCUAGUUCUGUCCCCUCGCUUCGAGGAUAUCCGCAUCCGGCUCGGUGAGGUAGGCGGCAUAUUGUGUAUUACCGCCAUUGGGCUUGAAGAGGGCCUACAUCCAAAGUCUUAA